CGAGCUAGUUUCUCAACCGGGAGCAAUCAGCGACUUUUCAGUUGCUGAACACAAACAGAAAAACGGCUUCAGCACUGAGGUAGCAUAGGAGGAGGAAAACCCCCACAACUCACACAUAUGGAGUCGACCAAAGCUGGAGGCGUAAUAGCCUACAUCAGCUCAUCCAGCUCUGCCUCCAGCCCAGAGUCCUGCCACAGCGACUCCUCCAAUGGCAGCUACCAGUCGUCCUCUCCGCCCCACGGCUCCUCGCCCAGCCGCCACCAGCUGGGGCAGCGUGCCGACACCACACUCCCCGCCGGCGGCCAAAACCUUCCAGGGACUCAGAAAAGUGGACGCUCCUCCUCCACUGCAAAAUGUGGCAUCACAAAAAUCAACGGCCUGGUGCUGCUGUGUAAGGUGUGCGGCGACGUGGCGUCUGGUUUCCACUAUGGCGUCCAUGCCUGCGAGGGCUGCAAGGGCUUCUUCAGGAGGAGCAUCCAGCAGAACAUCCAGUAUAAGAAGUGCCUUAAGAACGAGAGCUGCCCCAUCAUGAGGAUCAACCGCAACCGCUGCCAGCAGUGCCGCUUCAAGAAAUGCCUGAUGGUGGGCAUGUCCAGAGACUCUGUGCGCUUUGGCCGAAUCCCGAAGCGUGAGAAACAACGCAUGCUGCUGGAGAUGCAGAGCGCCAUGAACAACAUGAUGAACAACAGCCAGUUGCACAGCCAGCUGCACAGCAGCCAGACGCUACCUAUCAGCAAACCUCUGCCGGCCAGUGCCACGGAACCUACCUCAGAGGACACCGGCCCCGCCCCCUCCAGCUCUGCAGCCCCCUCACCGUGCUCCAGCCAAUCCGAAUCCAGCCCCGACCCUGAGCCCACCGUGGCCAUGGACACCAGCCCCAGCUCGGCGUCGCCCAGCUCCUCGGACAGUGGUGAGGAGGAGGUGAUUGGCUCCGUGACCAGGGCCCACCAGGAGACCUUCAUGUACAACCAGGAGCAGAGCAGCCUGACAGCCGAGACCCCGCCCCCAACGGGCACCCCGAACAGUGGCUCAGCGAAAAACACCUCUAACCUCCGGACAGAGGAGCAGCAGGACACCUGGAACCACCACAACAACCUGGUCACCAUGGUAGCACAAGACCCGCCCUCCAGCCUGGGCCCCCAGGCUGAGGAGGAGAACACCGCCAACCACUGCCCCUUCAGGCUCUCAAGGAGUGCUGCUGCCAGCCACUGUCCAGCCUACACACACGGAGCUUUUGGAGCUCCGUCCUCAGAGGGCCCCGUGAGUGGAGCCUACAGCGGGCUCCUGUGGAGAGGAGGCAACAGGAUGCAUCUGGUGUGUCCCAUGAACACCUCUCCUUACGUGGACCCUCAGAAGUCUGGCCACGAGGUGUGGGAGGAGUUUUCCCACAGCUUCACCCCAGCUGUCAGGGAGGUGGUGGAGUUUGCCAAGAAGAUCCCAGGCUUCAGAGACUUGUCCCAGCACGACCAGGUCAGCCUGCUGAAGGCUGGCACCUUUGAGGUUUUGGUGGUUCGCUUUGCUUCUCUCUUCGAUGUGAAAGACCGCACCGUCACCUUCCUGGGCGGCAAGAAAUACAGCGUGGACACUCUGAGGGCCAUGGGGGCCGGGGACCUCCUCAACUCCAUGUUUGACUUCAGUGAGAAGCUCAUCAACCUGGGCCUCAGCGAGGAGGAGAUGAGCCUCUUCACUGCCGUGGUUCUGGUCUCUGCAGAUCGCUCAGGCAUCGAGAACGUGAACUCGGUGGAGGCCCUUCAGGAGACGCUGAUCCGCGCCUUGCGAAGCCUCAUCACCAAGAACCACCCCAAUGAGUCGGCCAUCUUCACCAAGCUGCUGCUCAAACUGCCUGACCUUCGCUCGCUCAACAACAUGCACUCUGAGGAGCUGCUGGCCUUCAAGGUCCAUUCCUGAAGUUUCCUCCAGUACUUGACGCCCCGACACAAACUAUACCGGCCUGUGACCGGCACCUGGAGGGCCACACGGACCAUCGGCUCCGCCUCACCUCCCAACAAAAACCACACCUGCACCUCCAUACUUCUCCUGUGAGACUGUGGGCUCUGUUCCUUCAGUCUAUAAAUUGAACUAAAGAUCAAUCCUUGACAUUUAAAAGGGGAAGAAGACCAUAAAAUGUUCUUGUACUGUACUGUAGGGCGUAACUGCCUGUGUGAUGGUGAUGCAUACAUACAGACACACUGAUUGAUGUAUAUGUUUCUUGUGUUUGUGUGUAGCAUACUGUAUGUUUGCAACUGUACAAACAUUAGAAGCACUUUUCUGUAUAGUGUAGACUGGUAUUUUUGCAUUCAUAGUGCAAUAUGUGACUGCUUUUUGAUUUUUAGCUGUAUAGAGAGGAGUCGAGAAACUUGCGAAUGCUUCUCAGUGGCACCAUUAAUUUGAAAAGGUGCUCAUGUGGUAAAGGGGAAGUUAUAGAGUUAGAAAUUUCCCAGACACUGAAAGUGAAAAACUGACAGAGUUAGAAUUCUCUUUAAAAAUCUACAAAGAAAAAAAAAAAGCAGACGACAAUGAGAGGAAUGUGGACGUGAAGCUGCUACGAGUCCCAGCGAAAUAAGAGAAUGUUGUUUAAUUUGAAUGAAUUAGGGAAGCAAACGAAGGCUUGUUUCAGGCUUUUCAUGCAGUCGUGGAAAGCUGUAUUUGUCAGUUGCGUGUCAUUUUUUUCUAAAUUAUUUGGGCAUUGUGACAAAUCGAAUGCACCAGUGUCACUCGAUUGCAUGCUGAUUUCUAGUCAGUGGAAACUGAGAAAUGCUGAACCAGUGGAGACACUUUUUCCCUUAUGUUUUUCUCCUCAAGAAAAAAAGGUAUUUCUAAAAUCCUGGUGUCUGCUGUCCUGUGUGCCCCAGGUCACGUUGACUUUCUCUACCCGCCAAGCAGUCGACUCAGACGAGUUGCUGUUGGACCCUGGGCGGUAGAGAAACGUCAACUCGCAGUCACCAGCAAAUCUUACUUGCUUGAAUCAACAUUUGUGUUUUACAAAUCUGUACAGACUUUAGCUGAGUGUAGUUAAACUGACUAUGUAGGACUGUUCCACAUAAAAUAUUGAUUGUAAUGUCACUGAAGUGAUUGUAAUGUAAAGAAAUAAGCUGAGUCGAGGUGACAGCUGAGUUGCUGAUGUUCAGAUAUUCUGCGAUGCCAUCUUUUUUUUGUUCCCUGUCGAUGAAUUCAGAAUGUCUGGCCUUUGAAUAUCCAGAGCUUCUGUCAUUGUGUUAACAUUGCUGACAUGUGGUUCUGUUCUCCUCUGUGAAAGGAUUGCAGUAUGCGUAGAUUUCUAUAUAAAUAUAUACAUACUAUCAUACAUACAUAACUGUAUAGAUGAAUAUAUCUAUAUAAAUAAAUUUUAUAAAUGCA